AUGAAAGCUCACCUGAAACACCACGACCAUAAUCUCCACAAAUUACGUGAGCACCUCAAAUUCCUCAAAAUGCGUUUGAAGGGCCUUACUUGUACGUCGUCCCCAAACCUUUACCUUACCGUUAUUAACAAAGUUCGGGAACUGAACCACGAGCUCUACGCGGAUGUUCAACGCAGAAAGGAGAAUAAAUUGAAGACCCUUCAGCCCCACUUGUUCACCGCACCCUCUACCACAACCGUGUACACGAUUCCUCCCAAUCUCCCCCUGAGUGAGCCCCAACGUUCGCUUUUAUCCAAAGGGCUGUCCUUUGCUCCUUCUUCUCGCAGGCCUCCUGACGAGUUCUCCUUACUCAAUGAUUCGGAACGGUUUUUCCGCCGACUGUUGCUCGACGCCCACUUUCUAAAUAAUCCGACGUCUAAACCCCAAACUAUUUUUGACAAUCUUAAUCCUCGCUGUUCAAAUUGGACCCCUCCACCACAAAAGUUUCCUCUAGUGGAAGAAUUCAUAGAGGGCACACGCAGCUUACUUUCCAGAAACAUGCCUAUGCUUAGCACCUCCUUUCCUAACCUGAACCCCUUGCAACUCACCGCCCUCGGGGAACUAAGAUCCAGGGACGACAUCAUUAUCAAACCAGCCGACAAAGGUGGAGCCGUUGUGGUAUGGCGCCGAGAUUUAUACGUUGCCGAAGCAGAGAGACAACUGUCCAACACUAGGUACUACGAAAAACUUGAUGAGGACUCCACAACCCAGCACCAACACACUGUUAACCAGGUCAUCACCUCUGAAAUAUCGAGCGCUACUUUGCCCAGUGAGGCAAAAAGCCUUAUCGUCAAGAAUGCCAAAGCAUCCUCUUUCUACCUCCUCCCGAAGAUACACAAACCCGACUGCCCUGGACGCCCCAUUGUUUCCGCACUCUCUUGCCCGACCAAACUCAUUUCUGCAUAUGUGGACUCUAUAUUGCAACCCCUCGUUCAUGGGUUACCCUCCUACAUAAAAGACACCACCAAUGUUCUUCAACAGCUAUCCCUCGUUAACCACUCUGGCAGUUGUGUUCUCUUCACUAUGGAUGUAAUUUCCCUUUACACGGUCAUACCGCACACAGAAGGCUUGUUGGCUUUGCGCCACUUCUUGGACCGCCGAUUGACUCUACAUCCACCAACGCACACCCUACUUCGUCUUGCCGAGUUGGUACUUACCCUUAAUACUUUUGAAUUCAACGGACACUUUUAUAACCAAAAAUGUGGUGUGGCCAUGGGAACCAAAAUGGGGCCCUCCUUCGCCAACCUAUUUAUGGGCUUUAUAGAAGAACGUUUCUUUGCCAAGUACGAUAAACCCAAACCGGAAUUCUUUCAACGCUAUAUAGACGACAUUUUUGGUUUUUCUACCACGCUCUCCUCUUCGGAACUCCAAGACUUUAUCGACGCUUUCAGCAACUUUCACCCGGCGAUUAAGUUCACGUCUGCCUCUUCGCACGACACUUUAAACUUUUUAGAUCUCACCAUAUCCGUUAGACCUUCAAAAUUGCGAACAAGCAUCUUUUACAAAGAAACGGAUUCUCACAGCUACUUGUCCUAUUCCUCCUGCCACCCCAGACAUGUCAAGGAUUCUAUUCCCUUCUCACAAUUCUUACGGCUGCGCCGCAUUUGCAGUGAAAAUUCAGAUUUUCUAAAUCAACUUGCCAAAAUGAAAGAUUUCUUCACCUCCCGUGGUUACCCCUUGUCCCUCCUUGACAGGGCUGCCGCCCGCGUUGCGGCUAUCCCCAGGUCGGCCACACUUAUCCGAGCAUCCUCCAACAAAAAAUCCUCAUUGCCUUUAACAGUUGAGUAUCACCCAUCCAUCUCUAACUUGAUGCGACAAAUCAAGUCCGGCUCGGAGGACCUCUUCAAUUCCGGACAGCUCUCCACUGGCACGACAGUUUCCUACAGACGCCCUCCAAACCUGAGAACUCUUCUUGUCCGCAGCCACAUCCAAAAAGAUGACGAAUUAGAAAAUGGGACUUUUCCUUGCCAGGGACCACGGUGCUUAACCUGUGCCCAUGUCGGACCCAACCAUCGCCUUCAGGGCUCCAAUGGUCGAUAUAUCCACACGUCCGGCCACUACACAUCGGCCCAGAACCCCCUUCCCGCUGCCGGAAGGCGGGAUACAACGCCGCCCCAUCGCAGCCGGUUCCUGAUAGCCCGUCGCUCCCAAGAGGGUAAUGACAGUGAGUCUUCACAGCGCCAGGACGACCGUCCUCCUGCUGACCGGUAUUCGGAGACAGUUAUCCUGGACAUGAACGACAUGAACGAGGACAACCUUGAUGACAACCCGUUCACCCUGGUGACAUAUAAGAAGAAGCGCUCCGAAGGCAUUCCAGUCGUCGGACGUACCUCCGUAUCGGGACCACUAGCUUUUCUCAAAGAAAAAAAAACAAUAAAAACAGAAAUCAAACGCUUUUACGUAAAAGAGGAACUAAUUAGGAACGAAAUUAAACAGGAAUGA